GGUGUCAGUAGUGAGCAAAGCAGUGCGAAUGUACCAUCAGCUAAAAGUGAAGACAAAGAAGAGUAAACACCAACAGUGCAGCGCUAGCAAAGGUACCAAGAUUAUUUUCUGACCCAGAUUAAAAAAAAACUAAAAAAAACCAGCGCAGCAGCAGUAACAAGGCUCUGAAAAUGGACACAAGAGCCUUGAAGAAUCCCUACCCCGACUAUGAUGGGAGCCCCGCAUCCACACAGGCGUUUUUUGACUUUCAGGGAAAGCUCACACCAGAGUUUGCCCAGCGGCUGAGCAGCAAGAUCAGCGAGCUGUUAGGUGUCAUGGAGAAUGGGCUUAGGUCUGCUGAUCCCAGAGACUGCACUGCUUACACAGGCUGGACAGGCAUCGCCCUGCUCUAUCUGCACCUCCACGAUGUGUUCAGGGAGCCCUCGUUCCUUCAGAAAGCACUCGAGCAUGUCACCCAGAGCCUCAAGUGCCUGACCCGGCGCCAUGACGUCACCUUCCUGUGUGGGGAUGCGGGCCCGCUGGCCGUGGCUGCUGUCGUCUACUAUCGCCUUCAGAGAGUGCAGGAGAGCGACGAGUGCGUCAACAGGCUGAUGCAGUAUUACCAGACGGUGGUGAAGGGUUCGGGCGGGCUGCCAGACGAGCUGCUGUAUGGGCGGGUGGGCUACCUCUACUCACUGGUCUUCAUCAACCAGCAGCUUGGAAAAGACAGGAUUCCAGAUGGAUACAUCCAACAGAUCACCCAGGCUGUGCUGGAAUCGGGUGAGCACCUCAGUAGGAAGUUCCGGGUCCAGAACCAGAGCCCCCUGAUGUACGAGUGGUACCAGGAGCAGUAUGUGGGGGCCGCCCACGGCCUGGCUGGCAUCUACUACUUCCUCAUGCAGCCUGGCUUUGUCUUCUCGGAGGAGCUCGUGCACAGGCUGGUGAAACCCAGUGUCGACCACGUCUGCCGUCUUAAGUUCCCCUCGGGAAACUACCCUCCCUGCAUCGGGGACGAUCGAGACCUGCUGGUGCACUGGUGCCACGGAUCUCCGGGGGUCGUGUACAUGCUCCUGCAGGCCUACAAGGCUUUCAGAGUUCCUCAGUACCUGGGCGACGCUCUGCAGUGCGGGGAGGUGGUGUGGUGGUACGGCCUGCUGAAAAAGGGCUACGGCCUGUGCCACGGCGCGGCUGGUAACGCCUACACCUUCUUGGCGUUGUACCGGCAUACGCAGGAUCCGAAGCACCUGUACAGAGCCUGCAUGUUUGCAGACUGGUGUAUGAACUACGGCAAACAUGGAUGUCGGACACCAGACACUCCCUUCUCUCUCUUUGAAGGCAUGGCGGGCACCAUCUACUUCCUGGCUGACCUUCUGCAUCCAAUGAGCGCCCGCUUCCCGGCCUUUGAGGUGUAGAAAGUGUCCGCACGUAGUGCUCCCAGACCCACGCUGGAGAUCAUUGAAUAAGAAGACCCACACCGCUCUGCUCUUUGUCACACAUGGGCACUGCAGUCAUGACGGCUGGCUUUUGAUUCAACAUUCGGACAUUGUGCCAUGUUUUUCCUGCUUUUCCCACGUGGAAACGUCAUGUCUUAUUAACAAGAAAUUUCCUGUAAUGUUUUGGAAACGUGUCAAGGUUGUGAGCUUCCCUAGCAUGCCCCAGCAACUCCUGCUCUGUGAACUAAAAGGAAGGGAACUAAUUUUAAAAUUAAAACGUGGGAAAGCUGACUGUAAUUUUUUUUUUUAGCACUUAGCUGUAUAUAUCUAUCUGCUGUCUGUAAGUUUAAAUGCUUUUGUUUUCUAUUGUUUUACUUGUGGGUGUAGAAAUGUCUGGUGCAAUGCUCCGUUGCAUUGCACCAGACAUAACACAGCUGCCUGGUUUGUCGAUGUUGUGCAGCGGUAAAGAAAAAGCACAGAGGGGCAGCAGAGAGCCACAAAGUUCACUCAGUAGUGACUUCAUUAGCAGUGUAUUUAUAUCUCAUCAGAUAUAUAUCUCAUUUUUCAUUAUCGUUUGGUGUAUGCAAACAAAAUUUGGGUUUAAACUGGCUUUAAGUGAUAAAUAUUGUAUUGCAAUGAG